AUGGGCAGACAGACAGACAAAUCCAAGAGGAUUCAGGCAAGGCAAGGAGUCAGAAACAGGCAAGGAGUCGUGGCAAGGGAUGAGCCUCAGAGUCUAUAUGACCUCAUUAACCUGGCUACAUGCAUAGACACUGCAUUUUCAAUGGAUGGGGAUUUUAUAAUCGGAGGAGUUUUUUCCAUUCACUACAAACUGCAGAUAGUGAUUUAUAACUAUACCACCAAGCCUGGACCAUCAAAAUGUGGAGGAAGCCUUAUAGCACGAGAACUACGUUUUUCUCGCUCAAUGAUCUUUGCCAUUGAAGAGAUAAACAACAGCACAGAGCUGCUUCCAGGCAUCAAACUUGGAUAUAAAAUCUAUGACUCGUGUGCUUCAGUGCCCAUGGCGGUGGAUGUGGCAUUUCAACUGUCAAAUGGUCAGGACCCUGUGUUUAACAAAGGUAGUAAUUGUAGCCAGUCUGGUGUGGUGAUGGCUGCUGUUGGAGACUCUGCAUCCACACCAUCAAUCAGUAUAUCCCGCAUCUUUGGGCCUUUCAGCAUCCCUCUGGUCAGCUAUUUUUCAACCUGUGCCUGCCUGUCAAAUAAGCAGCAGUACCCAAGUUUUUUCAGAACAAUUCCCAGUGAUCAGUUUCAAGCUGAUGCUUUGGCCAAGUUAGUGAAACAUUUUGGCUGGACUUGGAUAGGUGCUGUUCGCUCUGACUCAGAUUAUGGGAAUCAUGGCAUGGCGUCUUUUCUUGAUGCAGCAGAGAAAGAGGGGAUCUGCGUGGAGUACUCUGAAGCAUUUUCUUGGGCCGACCCACAGAGCAAGAUCCGAAGAGUUGCUGAUGUUAUUCGCAGGUCAACAGCACUGGUUAUUGUGGCUUUUGUAGCUUCUGCAGAUAUGAGGGUCCUGUUAGAAGAGUUUGCUCGGGAGCUUCCACCACCUCGGCAGUGGAUAGGAAGUGAAGGCUGGAUAACUGACCCAAACUAUUUGAGCUUCAGUUUCUGUGCAGGGGCCACUGGAGUCGGCAUUCAGCAAUCUGUCAUACCAGGUUUAAGAAACUUCCUACUGACUCUCUCGCCCAGUGAAGUAGCUGCCUCUUCUCUCCUUUCUGAGUUCUGGGAAGACGCAUUUAACUGCACAUUGUCAAAAAUUGGUCUGCCUGGUGCUGAAGUCAGUAUUGAGGCUUCGUCAAUGAAAUGUACCCUGCAGAGUUCUCUGCGUUUACCUGCAUUCUCAAUGGAUGGUGAUUUUGUUGUUGGAGGGGUUUUCUUUUUACACUACAAAGCACAAACGGGGACUUAUAACUACUCCACCAAGCCUGAGCCUCCAAGUUGCACAGGGAGCCUUAUAGCCCGGGAACUGCGUUUCUCUCGUGCAAUGAUCUUUGCCAUUGAGGAGAUAAACAACAGCACAGAGCUGCUGCCGGGCAUCAAACUUGGAUAUCAGAUCUAUGACUCGUGUGCUUCUGUGCCCGUGUCUGUUCAUGUGGCAUUUCAACUAUCAAACGGCCAGGACCCUGUGUUUUACAAAGACAGCAAUUGUUCACAGUCUGGUGUGGUGAUGGCUGUUGUUGGGGACUCCGGCUCAACACAGUCCAUCAGCUUGUCUCGCAUCAUUCAGUCAUUUCAUAUUCCUCAAGUGAGCCACUUUGCCACCUGUGCCUGCCUGUCAGAUAAACAGCAGUUUCCAACAUUUUUCAGAACAAUUCCCAGUGAUCAGUUCCAGGCUGAUGCUCUGGCAAAGCUCGUAAAACACUUUGGCUGGACUUGGAUAGGUGCUGUCCGCUCUGACUCAGAUUAUGGAAAUUUUGGCAUGGCAUCAUUUCUUGAUGCAGCUCAGAGAGAAGGGAUCUGUGUCGAAUACUCUGAAUCUUUUACCUGGAUCGACCCACUGAGCAAAAUCCAGAAAGUAGCUGAUGUUAUUCGAAGGUCUAGUGCAACUGUAAUAGUAGCAUUUAUACAAUCUGGAGAUUUGAGGGUCCUGUUAGAGGAGCUGGCCCGCGAGCCUCCACCACCUCGUCAGUGGAUAGGAAGUGAGGGCUGGAUCACUGACCCAAACUAUUUGAGUUUCAGUUUCUGUGUGGGAGCCAUUGGAGUUGCCAUUCAGCAAUCUGUCAUCCCAGGGCUGAGAGACUUCCUGCUGGAUCUCUCUCCCAUUGAAGUAGCUGCCUCCUCACUGCUUACCGAGUUCUGGGAAGAGGCAUUUAACUGCAGCCUGACAAAAGUUGCUGGUCCACACAAGAAACUCUGUGAUGGAACUGAAGACAUAAAAACUCUCAAAACCCCAUACACUGAAACAUCUCAGUUAAGAGUUACUAACAUGGUUUAUAAAGCUGUUUACGCAGUAGCUCAUGCCAUUCACAAUGCAGUGUGUCAAACUAAUGCUACUCAGUGUGAUAAACACAUCAGACUGCAGUCAAAACAGGUGUUAUCUCAGCUUAAAAAAGUAAACUUUUCCCGCAAUGGUUAUCCAGUGUCAUUUGAUGCUAAUGGGGAUCCUGUGGCUUUUUAUGAGUUGGUCAACUGGCAGAAAAGAGAGAGUGGAGUUAUUGAGCUUGUUACAGUUGGAUACUAUGAUGCAUCACUGCCAAAAGGACAGGAGUUUCAGAUCAACAGGAACAUAACAUGGAUGCAUGGUGGAACACAAGUGCCAGUAUCCGUGUGCACGGAAAGUUGUCCUCAUGGAAACCGUAAAGUGUUACAGAAAGGAAAGCCCAUCUGUUGCUAUGAUUGUAUAUUGUGCCCUGAAGGAGAGAUCAGUAAUAUAACAGAUUCUCCAAAUUGCAUCCCAUGUCCCAGAGAAUUUUGGCCUAAUGUAGAGAGAGAUACUUGUUUACCCAAACCUGUAGAGUUUCUUUCCUUUGAUGAAGUCCUGGCAAUCAUCCUUGCUACAUUAUCUGUUAUUGGGGCCUGUCUUGCUAUUAUAACUGCAGGAAUAUUUUUCUGUCACAGAACAACUCCAAUUGUCAGAGCCAACAACUCUGAGCUGAGCUUCCUGCUGCUCUUCUCUCUGACUCUGUGUUUUUUAUGUUCAUUAACUUUCAUCGGAGCUCCCUCUGAGUGGUCCUGCAUGCUGCGACACACAGCUUUUGGUAUAACCUUUGUUCUCUGUAUCUCCUGUGUUCUUGGUAAAACUGUAGUGGUUUUAAUGGCCUUCAAAGCUACACUUCCAGGUAGUAAUGCCAUGAAAUGGUUUGGUCCCCCACAACAAAGAAUGACUGUUGUAUUGCUUACCUUUAUUCAAAUUGUAUUAUGUACUGUUUGGUUGUUGCUCAGCCCUCCCUUACCAAUAAAAAAUCUGACUACAUACAAGGAGAAGAUCAUCCUGGAAUGUGCAGUAGGCUCUGCUGUUGGCUUCUGGGCUGUGCUCGGGUACAUUGGCCUGCUGGCUGUUUUUUGCUUUGUGUUAGCUGUUCUAGCUCGAAAACUACCUGAUAAUUUUAAUGAAGCCAAGAUGAUAACCUUCAGCAUGCUGAUCUUCUGUGCAGUGUGGAUCACCUUUGUCCCAGCAUACGUCAGCUCUCCUGGAAAAUUUACUGUGGCUGUGGAGAUAUUUGCCAUACUGGCCUCCAGUUUUGGACUGAUACUGUGUAUAUUUGCUCCAAAGUGUUUCAUCAUAAUAUUUCAGCCUGAGAAAAACACAAAGAAAAGUUUAAUGAACAAAACCUAAUUGCAAAAUGUUGGAGAUUUGAAAUCAAGAUGA